AUGCUGAGGAUGAAGCUGCCGCUGAAGCCGACGCACCCAACGGAGCCGCCGCCCGAGGCGGAGGAGCCUGAGGCGGACGCGCGGCCGGGCGCGAAGGCACCGCCGCGCCGCCGCCGCGACUGCCGCCCGCCGCCUCCGCCGCCUGCCGCGGGCCCACCGCGGGGCCCCCCGCCGCCGCCGCCGCCGCCACCGCCACCGCCGCUGCCGCCGCCGCCGCCGCCCCGGGGGCUCGGGCCGCCUGUUGCUGGCGGCGCGGCGGUGGCGGGGACGGGCAUGCCGGGCGGCGGCGGGGGGCCGGCGGCGGCGCUGCGCGAGCAGGAGCGGGUGUACGAGUGGUUCGGGCUGGUGCUGGGCUCGGCGCAGCGCCUGGAGUUCAUGUGCGGGCUGCUGGACCUGUGCAACCCGCUGGAGCUGCGCUUCCUCGGUUCGUGCCUGGAGGACCUGGCGCGCAAGGACUACCACUACCUGCGCGACUCGGAGGCCAAGGCCAACGGCCUCUCGGACCCGGGGCCGCUGGCCGACUUCCGAGAGCCCGCCGUGCGCUCGCGCCUCAUCGUCUACCUGGCGCUGCUGGGCUCGGAGAACCGGGAGGCCGCCGGCCGUCUGCACCGCCUGCUGCCCCAAGUGGACUCGGUGCUCAAGAGCCUGCGCACCGCCCGGGGCGAGGGCUCGCGGGGCGGCGCGGAGGACGAGCCCCGCGGGGCGGACGGCGAGGGGGAGCAGGACGCCGACAAGGACGGCUCUGGCCCGGAAGGCGGCGGCGGCGGCGCCGAGUCCCGGUCCGGUGGCGGGCUCGGCCUCAGGGCCCAGGAGGAACUGCUGCUGCUCUUUACCAUGGCUUCGCUGCACCCGGCUUUCUCCUUCCACCAGCGGGUCACCCUGCGGGAGCACCUGGAGAGACUCCGCACCGCGCUCCGCGGCGGCCCGGACGAGGCGGAGGUGGAGCCGUGCAACUUUGCCGGCUCCAGGACCCAGAACGACUCUGCUCGUGGUGAUUACAUGCAAAGUAAUGAGACCAAUUUAAUAGAACAAGCCCCAGUACCUCAGGAUGGACUUCCCAUGGCGCCUCACAGAGCUCAGCGAGAAGCUGUACACAUUGAGAAGAUAAUGUUGAAAGGAGUCCAGAGAAAAAGGGCUGACAAAUAUUGGGAGUACACUUUCAAAGUAAAUUGGUCUGAUCUUUCAGUCACAACAGUAACAAAAACCCAUCAAGAACUGCAGGAAUUUCUACUGAAGCUUCCAAAGGAAUUAUCUUCAGAGACUUUUGACAAGACCAUCUUAAGAGCCCUGAAUCAGGGUUCCUUGAAAAGGGAAGAGCGGCGACACCCUGACCUGGAGCCCAUCCUAAGGCAGCUAUUUUCGACUUCGUCACAAGCUUUUCUGCAGAGUCAGAAAGUACGCAGCUUUUUCCAGUCCCUGUCGCCAGACUCUCGGCCCAGCCUCAAUAAUUUACAGUCCUCUCUGAAGACUUCUAAGAUACUAGAACACUUGAAGGAAGACAGCUCAGAAGCUUCAAGUCAAGAAGAAGAUGUGUUACAGCACACCCUAAUCCACAAGAAACAUACCGGGAAAAGUCCCAUGGUGAACAACAUUGGUACGAACUGUUCUCCAUUGGAUGGGCUUACCAUGCAAUAUUCUGAACAGAAUGGAAUCAUGGACUGGAGGAAGCAAAGCUGCACCGCCAUUCAGCACCCAGAGCACUGUGGGACCUUAGUUGACCAACAUUCUGCUGAAAAACGGAGCUUAUCUUCAAUAAAUAAGAAGAAAGGAAAGCCACAAGCAGAAAAGGAGAAAAUGAAGAAGAGUGACAGCAGAUUGAAUAGCAGGAUAAAUGGGAUUAGACUCUCCACUCCUCAGAAUGCCCAUGGUGGUACUGUGAAAGAUGUGAAUUUGGACAUUGGAUCUGGACAUGACACAUGUGGCGAGACAUCUUCAGAGAGUUACAGUUCUCCAUCUAGUCCACGACGUGAUGGAAGAGAAAGUUUUGAAAGUGAAGAAGAAAAAGACAGAGACACGGACAGCAAUUCUGAGGAUUCUGGGAAUCCAUCAACAACCAGGUUUACAGGUUACGGUUCUGUCAACCAGACUGUCACAGUCAAGCCACCUGCUACGAUUGCUUCACUAGGAAACGAGAAUGGAAGUCUUCUAGAGGAUCCCUUAAACUCACCCAAGUAUCCACCAAUUCCUUUUAUGCCAACUCUACACUGUGUCCUGCACAAUGGUGCCCAGAAGGCCGAUGUUGUCAUUCCUCCCUCCAAGUCUGCUGAUGGCAAGACAAUUGGGAUGCUCGUUCCUAGUCCUGUUGCUAUUUCUGCAAUCAGGGAGCCCACAAGCUCAGCCCCUGUGGGAAUCCUAGGGCCCACAGCCCCCACUGGAGAAGCAGAGAAGCACCGCGAGUUACUGGCUCCCCCUUUGCCCACCCCGUCCGCCUUCCUUCCACACGGGAGCACUCCCACAUUGCAUGCGACAUUUCAGGGGCUGAAGUCGCCGCCGCCGCCGGGGUCUGCUGAGAGUUGCACAGUGAACCUCCCGCAGCAGCCCACUGCGAGCCUGAGCAUCGGAUCACCAAACACUGCCUUUAUUCCUGUCCACAGCCCGGGUGGUUUCCCAGGAUCUCCUGCUGCUCCCGCAGACCCCAUCACAAAGUCUGCAUCCCAAGUGGGAGGACUAACUCAAAUGGUGCCUCAAAUUGAGGGAAACACAGGGACAGUCCCUCAGCCUACCAAUGUGAAGGUAGUUCUUCCAGCAGCUGGCCUCUCAGCUGCUCAGCCACCAGCUCCCUACACCUUACCAGGCUCUCCUCUCGCUGCCAGCGUGUUACCCACCCCAAGUUCCAGUGUGCUCAACACGGCAGCCACCGCUGCCCAGCCAGUGAGUGCCGGCAUCAGUCAGGCCCCGUCGACGGGUCCUCCCGCUGUUCCCACCCACACCCCGGGCCCUGCCCCGAGCCCCAGCCCAGCUCUGACACACAGCACCGCGCAGAGUGACAGCACAUCUUACAUCAGUGCCGUGGGGAGCACGAGCGCUAACGGGACAGUGGUGCCGCCACAGCAGAUGGGCUCGGGUCCUUGUGGUUCUUGCGGGCGAAGGUGCAGCUGUGGGACCAACGGAAACCUUCAGCUAAACAGUUACUACUACCCCAACCCAGUGCCCGGCCCCAUGUACCGAGUCCCGUCGUUCUUCACCCUGCCAUCCCUCUGCAAUGGCAGCUACCUCAACCAAGCACAUCAGAGCAAUGGAAACCAACUUCCUUUUUUUCUGCCUCAGACUCCAUAUGCAAACGGACUGGUGCAUGACCCAGUCAUGGGGAGCCAAGCCAACUAUGGCAUGCAGCAGAUGGCAGGAUUCGGGAGGUUCUAUCCCGUGUACGCAGCACCUAAUGUCGUUGCCAACGCCAGUGGUUCGGGGCCCAAGAAGAACGGCAGCGUGUCAUGUUACAAUUGCGGCGUAAGCGGCCACUAUGCGCAGGACUGUAAGCAGUCGUCCAUGGAGGCCAGCCAGCAAGGCACUUACAGACUGAGAUACGCACCUCCCCUCCCCCCUCCUAGUGAUACGUUGGAUUCUGCAGACUGAACCGAGUAAAGCUUCCUACUUAAUACCCUCGAGUGUGGGGAGUCAGGGGUGUGGAGGGGAGGAAAGGAAAGGUAUUUGUUUCUUUGUCUAUACAUUUCCUAGAUUUCUAUGCAGUUGGGGAUUUUCCUUUCUCUUGUACCAAUGUCCAAAACAAGAGCGGACGCAGUGCCCCGAGCCUGUGGUCUCCUGGCUCACGGCGAGCGGCCUCCAGACAUGCAGCCACGCGGUCAGAGGGAGGACGUGGACGCGGGCUCUUUUAUUACACUGAAUACUUGCUGUGUGCAAUGUUUACUGAAUCUUUAAAACUGUGUAUUUGACUUUUUUUUUUUUACAACACUGGUGACAGUCAUAUGGUUUCGAAAAAAAAGAAACUUUGCUUCUUCCCCAGCUUUUUCACUUUGACCCUAAACUACACGUUUCUCCCCUCCCCUCUCGCUGCCUGCUGCCCAGGAGUGCCCGGCAGUGUCCCCGGCUCCCACUUUAUAAACGCUCUGCUACAAACAAGGGCAAAGGUUCCACCUUCAUCGAUGGGACAAAUCAAAUUCCCCAAACCGUGUGUAUAUAUGCAACGAACAGCUUCCCGUAAAUGCAUACAUGCAGCAACACAAAUGAAAAUAAGUGGAAGAGGAAGAAAAACCAUAUGAAACUGAAAAGAUAGGACAUAUGAAAUAGACAAAAAGCUUUUUCUUAAAAAAAAAAAAAAAAAAGGAAUGAAAAAAGCAACCCUUUUUACUUCCAUCGUCCCUCCCUAGCCUGUUGCUUCAGAGAGAGCCAAGUGAACACUGGCGCGAGUCUGGUCUCCGUGUGCUUGUGUGUGUAGUGAAGUCGGCAGCCAAUCGUACUUGUCGCCUACCACCAAGUCAUGCUCGCAGACACUACUCAAGUAAAGAUUUCUUCUUUUCCUACACCAACUGUUACAGUGUUACGUUGUGUUCCAAAUGUGUGUGGUUUAUCACAAUCGGAACAGCGCUGUGGGUCUCUACAAAAAGUCAGGGAUUUGGUCCCUAACCUGUCUCUCGUAGCAAAGUCACUUUUAUAACAGUUUACCACUCUGCUUGAUCAUAAUGUGAAAGACUGAAUUCUGAGUGUGUGAAGAUGGUAUUAAUCAUGUCAGUGUCAUGUCACUAAGUUUAAUGCUGCUGUUUAAAAAAAAAACAAAACUUUUUUUAAAAGCCAAUCUAUGUACUAAAUUGCUUCCAGGUAAUUUUUGAUUUCCUGAAGUGCACUGAGGUUAUCUGGAAGAUGGGGUGUAUUUUUUGGUGACUGCUGCAUUCCACAGCAAUGAACAAGCACCACGGUAGAGUCCUAGCUUCGGGGUUCGGGGUUUUGUUUUCCCAGUCUUCAGUAGAGAGCAGAAAUGCUAGACCCUUGUUGUGUGGAGUAACCUCGGUAUGCAGCAGAGGAGCUUAAGUAUCUGGCUGGGUUCAGAAGCCUAACAGAUUGCUAGACAAAAGCAAAAACUUGAAAAAGAAGCUUAAUUGAAUGCUUCCUAAGUAGCAUUUAUAUUUAUAGCACCAAUGUACAUUUUGAAACUUUCAGGGGUGGGGAUC